ACAGAUUGGUCAGAAGAUGAGCUCAGAGAGUCUGACUCGCUCUGAGGUGUUUGGGCAGCUCAGGAGGGAGCUUUACGGGGAGGAGCGGUCAAGUCAUUCCAAUACACACUUAUUCAUCAUACUGGGAGCAUCUGGAGAUCUUGCUAAAAAGAAGAUCUAUCCAACCUUAUGGUGGUUAUUCAGAGACGGCCUUCUUCCGGACAACACGUUUUUUGUGGGUUUUGCUCGGUCCAGCUUAACUGUAGAGGACAUCAAGGCAGCAUGUCUUCCCCACAUGAAGGUCAGUGAUGAAGAAAGCGACUACCUAUCAGCCUUCUUCAGUAAAAACUCCUACCUGAGUGGCAGGUACGAUAACGGCAGCUCCUUCGACCAACUCAGCAAACAUCUGUCAUCUCUACCUGGGGGCGCCAACGCUAAUAGACUUUUCUACCUGGCUCUACCACCAACUGUCUACCAUCAUGUCAGCAAAAACAUCAGAACCCACUGCAUGAGCCUCAAAGGUUGGAACAGGGUAAUUGUCGAGAAGCCCUUUGGUCGUGACCUCCAGAGUUCACAGGAACUGUCAACCCACCUUUCGUCCCUGUUUACAGAGAACCAGAUCUAUCGCAUAGAUCACUACCUGGGGAAAGAGAUGGUCCAGAACCUCAUGGUGCUUAGGUUUGGAAAUCGCAUUUUUGGACCCAUAUGGAACAGGAACAGUGUGGCCUGUGUGGUUCUCACCUUCAAGGAGCCUUUUGGCACUCAGGGCCGUGGAGGAUACUUUGAUGACUUUGGUAUUAUUCGAGAUGUCAUGCAGAACCAUCUUCUCCAGAUGCUCUGUUUGGUUGCAAUGGAGAAACCUCCUUCUACCAGUCCAGAUGAUGUGAGGGAUGAGAAGGUGAAGGUGUUGAAGUGUAUACCUCCUGUUGAAGUAUCAGAUGUUGUGCUUGGCCAGUAUGUCGGAGAUCCUGAAGGGGAAGGUCAAUCCAGACUGGGAUACCUUGAUGAUCCCACGGUGCCCAAAGACUCCUGCACACCAACUUUUGCAACAGCAGUCCUGCAUGUCCAGAAUGAGAGAUGGGAUGGAGUUCCUUUUAUUCUGCGCUGUGGUAAAGCACUAAAUGAGCGGAAAGCAGAAGUACGUCUGCAGUUCACUGACGUGCCGGGAGACAUUUUUGGUGAUUGCUGUCAGAGGAAUGAACUGGUGGUGCGGGUGCAGCCAGAUGAAGCCAUUUACUUAAAAAUGAUGACCAAGAGGCCUGGAGUUUACUUCAAUCCAGAGGAGACUGAGCUGGAUCUCACCUACAAGAGUCGAUACAAGGAUGUGAAGCUCCCAGACGCUUAUGAAAGACUCAUACUGGAUGUCUUCUGUGGAAAUCAAAUGCAUUUUGUUCGCAGUGAUGAGUUACGGGAGGCCUGGAGGAUCUUCACCCCCCUCCUCCACCACGUAGAGAAAGAGAAGCCACGCCCCAUUCCCUACACAUAUGGAAGUCGUGGUCCAAGAGAAGCAGACGAUCUCCUGAAGAGAGUGGGAUUUCGCUAUGAGGGAACAUACAAGUGGGUGCAGCCCCACACCGCUUAAUUCUUUCUGUCUCACAAUCAAGUACUUGAGAAAAGAUUGCCACCACUGUAGAAAAAACAAAGUUUACAAACAAUCAAGUUUACUGCAGUCACUGCUGUACUUGAUUGAUUUCUGCAUGUACAGAAGAAAGCACUGCUUUUUAUGACUAAU